AUGUCAGAGUCAGCCAGCAACGACGAGCAACGUAAUGUCGACCCCAAGCAGUAUUAUCCCUCUGAGCUCGACGUCUCUUCACAUGCGCCAACACUACGCGGGCCUAGGUUGACCAUUUCCAUAGCAUUCAUUGCUGGGACUGCCUUCACAUUGUUCGGCUAUGAUCAGGGUGUCAUGUCUGCGUUAUUGACUGCUGGACAAUUCGAGAAAGUCUUUCCUCAAGUCGUGAUCGACGCAAGCCAUCCUAACCACGCGACUUUGCAAAGCUUUGUUGUGGCGAUAUAUGAAAUUGGAUGCCUUAUCGGUGCACUCUCAAAUCUCUGGGUUGGUGAUUACCUGGGUCGCCGGCAUACCAUCGUAUUUGGCGGCACGGUAAUGAUCAUAGGCGCAAUUCUCCAAACGACGUCGUUUAGCUAUGCACAACUGGUCGUCGCCCGAAUCGUCACUGGGCUGGGAAACGGACUAAUGACAUCAACCGUUCCUAGUUACCAUGCCGAAUGUUCUCCUGCAGCUAAACGAGGAAGCCUGAUAAUGAUCGAGGGCAGUCUAAUUACUUUUGGUAUCAUGAUCUCUUAUUGGAUAGAUUUCGCUCUAUAUUGGGCUGCUGAUUCAUCCGCCCAAUGGAGAGUACCCAUUGCACUGCAGAUAGUGCUUGCUUUGAUCAUGGUUGUUUUCAUCAAUUUCCUUCCGGAAUCACCUCGAUGGCUCGUUAAACAUGGUCGUCACGCUGAGGCUGUAGCUGUUAUAUCUGCUCUGGAGGAUAAACCAGUUUCCGAUCUCGAAGUUCGACGCACAUUUCAUGCUAUCCAUGAAGCUGUCAUAUUAGAAGACGGGUCUAGCGCAGAUUUACCCAACAGGAAGCAAGGUGGCCAGUCUAUGAAAAAUCUCAUUCGUGGGGGUCGUCGCCAAAACUUCAGAAGAGCUUCUUUGGCAAUUGUUUGCCAAUGUUUCCAACAAAUAACUGGUAUCAACUUGAUAACAUACUAUGCUACGAUACUCUUUCAAAGUCUAGGAUUAUCUGAUGUGAAGUCACGGGUCACCGCAGCUGCCAACGGGACCGAGUAUUUCUUAGCUUCUCUCGUCGCUAUUGCGAUCAUCGACCGUAUUGGACGUCGAAGACUUAUGUUAUUUGGAGCGAUUGGUCAAUGUCUGACCAUGGUACUAUUAGCAAUUCUUGGUUCUAUAAACAACAGCGCCUCGCAAGUGGUGAGCUGCGUCCUUCUAUUCGUCUUCAACUCUUUCUUUGCAAUAGGCUGGCUGGGUAUGACCUGGUUAUACCCUGCAGAAAUUGUUGGCAUCGAUAUUAGGGCCCAAGCGAAUGCCCUAUCCACAGCAUCAAACUGGAUAUUCAACUUUGUGGUUGUGAUGGUUACUAGCCCGUCUUUCCGUGAUAUUUCGUGGCGAACAUACAUCGUUUUUGCAGCUCUCAAUGCGUUCAUCGUACCUUGUGUUUAUUUCUUCUUCCCAGAAACAGCUGGUCGAUCACUCGAAGACAUGGACGUCGUUUUUGCACUCGCAUAUAACGAAGGAGUCUCUCCCGUGGCAGUGUCUCUUCGUCGCGAUGUACCUCUUGCGGGUUCAGCAGAAGGCGAUUUAAUUUUAGGCAUUACAGACGAGGGCAAAGAAUCUACGAAGCAUCUAGAGUCAUAA